AUGCAUGUAAGUCAUGAGGUAGACAUUAGGCUAUCUCCUGACAAUUUUAUGAAAAAUCCUAAUUUUGACGCACUAAAAAAUUCAAAUGAAAAUAAUGCUGAACAGAUUUCUAGCUGUACUGAGAAUGUUAACGAGGUACCUAUUCCAGCUAUUAGAUUAGAAGUAGUCGGAUUUAUAAAUAAUAAAGAAACCCCUUUCAUAUUAGAUUCAGGUGCAACUAUUUCUGUUAUUAACAUCGAACAAGUUCAAAUAAAAAAUGCCUUUAUCGAUACAAAAAAUGUUAGAGUUCAUACAGCUUAUGGCUCGAUUCUAAAAGUAGAAGGAAAAAUAGAUAUUAAUAUACUAUUUCACAAUUUAAUUUUCCCAAUACAGUUUGUAUUAGUUUCUAAUCUUGCUGGACCAGCGUUACUUGGUACAGAUUUUUAG